UUUGCUAAUUUUAAUUCUGAAUUUAUUCAUUGCAAUUUAUUCGCAUGACUUCAAAGGAAUAUCACUGGCUGUGGAUGCGCCGACGAAUUCGACCAUUGUGCGACACAAACGAUAUUUGGAUUUCAUUCCAAAAUCAAGAAUGUUUUUUCGAGCCAAUGUCAAAGCGAAUGUGCUAUCGGCUAAUCAAUUAUUGGCAUUUGCUUAUGGAUAUCGAGCCAACUAUCCCAUUGAAAAUGAUAUAAGAAUCAAACGACGAGAUGUCUACGACAGCAUGGUGGAACUCAUUGAUCACCAUGGUUUUGAUGGAAGUGCUUGUCUCUCAAAAUUGUUGUGUGAUGCCAGUUCAACUAUUUCAAUUGAAUCCGGAAUGUUUACUCGACUGUAUCAACUAAUUUUUCGACUACCACAAGCUGGCGAUGAAAUAUAUACAGCGUUUAAUGUCGAUAAAUGCAUGGAAUAUUCGACCAAAUGUCCAUUAAGACUAUCAAACUUAACACCAUACACGGAUCUAGCAUAA